AUGUCUCCUAACAGCGACAACGCCAUGGCUCGAUUUCUGUUCGCCAUCUUAAAACAGAAGAACCUCAAAGAUAUCGAUUGGAACCAAGUUGCCAAUGACCCAGUGCUACUCCAACCCAUCACCAACGGCCACGCCGCUAGAAUGCGAUACUCUCGCUUCCGGGCAACUGUCUCCGGCACUGGCACUCAGAAGAGAAACCGAAUCGACUCCAAAGCUCGAGUAACGAAGCCCAAGGGGGGAAGAAGUGGUUCAGUCAAGAGCGAGUCUUGCGAGGGCGACAUCAAGCAAGAACGCUCACCUCCUCACCAUGCACCAAUGAGCCACUACUCGCCAACGCCGACUACAUCCCCUUAUCUGGCAGAUAAUCUCAGCACUCGCUUCUUGACCCCUUGCAGCGACGACAUGGCCAAUGGCUUUCUGGUCAACCCUGCCGCGAUGGAGAGCAUCAACCACCAGCAUGCUCCGAAGUACGCUUCUCCUCUCGACUUCAUCAACUGCCCGCCUCAACCAUACUCGCCUGAAAUGUCGGUGCUUGAUGAUGCUUUCGAUAUGAGCAGCCUCAGCGCAGACAGCGCUCGCCAGUCUCUCGGCGAUCACAGCCCUCUCUGGAACGACAACCUUCCAUUUUGA